AUGGAAGAACCAAAGUCUAAAGGGAAGUCCGUGGUUGUAAUUGGUGCCGGUGUUGGAGGAGUUGCCACGGCUGCACGACUAGCAAAGGCCGGCUUCAAGGUGACGGUUCUGGAAAAGAACGACUUUACGGGUGGGAGAUGUUCUCUGAUCAAUCACGAUGGCUAUCGCUUUGACCAAGGCCCAUCCCUACUGCUCCUCCCCCAGUUCUUCCAUGAGAUCUUCCGUGAUCUUGGAACUUCACUCUCCGCCGAAGGGGUUGAGCUACUGAAGUGUGACCCAAACUACAACAUUUGGUUUGGGGAUGGCUCUUCCUUUGAACUAUCUACCGAUCUCACGAAGAUGAAGAAGUCUAUCGAGGCGAUUGAAGGCAUAGAUGGCUUCGAACGCUAUCUCUCGUUUCUACAAGAAUCACAUCGACAUUACGAGAUCAGCGCCGCUUAUGUGCUUCGAAGGAACUUUUCAUCUUUUCUCAAUAUGGCGAGACCAGAGAUGCUGCUGAAUCUUUUAGCUCUUCAUCCCUUCCAGAGCAUCUGGACUCGAGCUAGCAAGUAUUUCUGGACCGAAUGA